AAUAUCUACUUUAGAAGUUUUAUUUGCGUAUUUUAAUUCGAGAAAACCUCAGAAUAAUCGUAACUUUAAUCGUCAAAAUAAUUAUAACUUUAAAUUUGGUUAUCGUAUGUACUGACGUCGAUAAUAACAUCAGCAUUGUUACCAACAGGUAAAUCUUAAUGAAAUGUUGGUACUGCGGUUUUGUAUUAUUCUCUUCACUAAAGAUUUAACAACAGAUCAACUUUAUAAACAACAAUAAUAAUUAAGAGGAAAGGAAAAUAUAAAUAUAUAUAGAAAUAAAAAUGAAUUUAGAAUUAUUGGAAUCAUUUGGACAAAAUUAUCCAGAAGAAUUUGACGGUACAUUGGAUUGUAUAUCACUUGCUGUAACAUGUACAUUUAACAAACGAGGAACUCUACUUGCUGUUGGUUGUAAUGAUGGUAGAAUAGUUAUAUGGGAUUUUUUAACACGUGGGAUUGCAAAGAUCAUUAGCGCACAUGUACAUCCUGUUUGCUCAUUGAGUUGGUCUAGAAAUGGACACAAAUUGCUGAGCGCUUCUACAGAUAAUAAUGUUUGUAUAUGGGAUGUUUUGUCUGGAGAGUGCGAUCAAAAAUAUAGGUUUCCUUCUCCAAUCUUGAAAGUUCAAUUUCAUCCGAGAAACUUAAAUAAAUUUUUAGUAUGUCCGAUGAGACAUGCUGCUGUAAUGGUUGACAUCGAAGGCACUCAUAGAGUCAUACCUCUUGAUGAAGAUAGCGAUUUAAAUAUAGUAGCAUCAUUUGAUAGAAGAGGCGAUUAUGUAUAUACCGGAAAUGCUCGUGGCAGAAUUUUAGUCUUAGAUGCAGAAUCUUUAACCGUUAAAGCAUCUUACAAGAUUUCACAAGGUACUGCCAGUAACACAGCAGUAAAGAGUAUUGAAUUCGCAAGGCGUGGUUCGUGUUUUCUUGUUAAUACUUCCGAUAGAGUUAUUCGCGUGUAUGAUAGUAUAGAGAUAUUGGCAUGUGGAAAAGAUGGCGAACCAGAGCCAAUUCAAAAACUACAAGAUCUUGUAAAUAAAACUAUGUGGAAAAAAUGCUGUUUUUCUGGAGAUGGUGAAUAUGUGUGUGCCGGAUCUGCUAGACAACAUGCGUUAUAUGUUUGGGAAAAAAGUAUUGGAAAUUUAGUAAAAAUCUUACAUGGAACUAAAGGAGAAUUAUUAUUAGAUGUUGUGUGGCAUCCUGUAAGGCCUAUCAUAGCUUCCAUUUCAUCUGGUGUAGUUUCUAUUUGGGCACAAAAUCAAGUUGAAAAUUGGUCUGCUUUUGCGCCAGAUUUUAAAGAAUUAGACGAAAAUGUAGAAUACGAAGAGAGAGAAAGUGAAUUUGAUUUAAGCGACGAGGAUAAGUCUGUAGUACAAGGAGAAGAAGCUCAAGAUGAAGAAAUCGAAGUAGAUGUAGCAUCUAUCGUUAGAGUUGCUGCCUUUUGCAGUUCAGACGAAGAAACGGAAGACAUAGGUUCUCUUCAAUUUUUACCGAUAUCUCCAGAUGUUGAAGAUUCAGAGGAUACCCAAGCUUCUCCCCAUGAACCGCCAAUAAAAAAACAUCGUUCACAUAAUAUUGAUUUACAAGGUGCACCUAUUGGAGAGACACAUCCCCUAUUGAAUAAAGGAAAAGAUAAACCUACAACAAAGAAAGGCAGACCUAGAUUAGAACAUAGAAAAGGAAAAUAAAAUUUUUAAUAAUCCAUCAUAUUCACAGAAAUCAAUAAAACGUGUCUUAUAACAUAUGUAAAUAGUCUAAAAA